GCCUAAGGCGGGGUCACCAUCUCUGCUGGCAAAGUUUGCUGUUGAGACUGAAAGAGGUUUCGCAAGAUCAAAAUAAGUACAGUGGAUAUAACACAGUCGAUUGUCCGUUUUUCAGGUUUUUAGGCGUGCAGCUGUGAAACCGUGCAGCGUAACGUACGGCACACGUUAUCUGACUGCAGUCAUGUCCGAGGACCCGAGCUCUCAACCUUGGUCUAUCGACAAGGAUGACUAUGAGCUACAGGAGGUGAUCGGAAGCGGAGCAACAGCUGUGGUCCAAGCAGCGUAUUGCAAACCCAGGAAGGAAAAAGUGGCCAUUAAACGCAUCAAUCUGGAGAAAUGCCAGACCAGCAUGGAUGAGCUCCUGAAAGAGAUCCAGGCAAUGAGCCAGUGCCAUCACCCAAAUAUUGUGUCUUAUUACACCUCCUUUGUGGUUAAGGAUGAGCUUUGGCUGGUCAUGAAGUUGCUCAGUGGUGGCUCAGUUCUUGAUUUUAUUAAGUACAAAAUUUCCAAAGGGGAGCACAAAUCAGGUGUGAUGGAUGAGGCCAGUAUUGCCACUAUACUAAAAGAGGUGCUAGAGGGUCUGGAUUAUCUACACAAAAAUGGUCAGAUUCACAGGGAUGUUAAGGCAGGAAAUAUUCUUUUAGGAGAGGAUGGCUCUGUACAAAUUGCAGACUUUGGUGUUAGUGCCUUUUUAGCAACUGGGGGAGACAUGACUAGGAACAAAGUGAGGAAGACUUUUGUAGGAACUCCCUGCUGGAUGGCCCCAGAGGUGAUGGAACAGGUUAGGGGCUAUGAUUUCAAAGCUGAUAUCUGGAGUUUUGGAAUUACGGCUAUAGAGCUGGCAACUGGGGCCGCUCCAUAUCACAAGUACCCUCCAAUGAAGGUUCUCAUGUUAACCCUGCAGAACGACCCUCCUUGUCUAGAGACUGGAGUUACAGAUAAAGAGAUGGUCAAAAAGUAUGGGAAAUCCAUUCGGAAGAUGAUCUCCUCGUGCCUCCAGAAAGAUCCAGAGAAACGGCCAACAGCUGCUGAGCUUUUAAAAAACAAGUUCUUUACAAAAGCCAAGAACAAUGAAUACUUGAAAGAAAAGUUGCUGGAGAGGGCACCAACAAUAGGAGAGCGAGCACGGAAGGUGCGGAGGGUUCCGGGCUCCAGUGGGCGUCUCCACAAGACUGAGGAUGGAGAGUGGGAAUGGAGUGAUGAUGAGCUAGAUGUGGAGAGUGAGGAAGGCAAGGCUGCAGUGGCUGCUUUACGGUCACCAAGAGUCAAGGAGGAAGCCACGCAAAAUGCAGAGAUCUUUUCAGGGAAUCCGCCAAGCUUCCUGCAGGCAACAACUGCAGGUCAUUCUGAAGUAACUGAUGAAACUGCCACAAUAUCAGCGUCUUGUCCAGGCUCCCAGGCUGUUGGUGCACCUACUGCAACAGGGCAGGACUCAGCCAAGACCCCUAUUAGCCUGGUCCUAAGACUAAGGAAUACAAAGAAAGAGCUGAAUGAUAUCAGAUUUGAAUUCAUGCCAGGGAGAGACACAGCUGAUGGAGUGUCUCAGGAACUUGUGUCUGCAGGACUGGUGGAUGGAAGAGACUUAGUCAUUGUUGCAGCCAAUUUGCAGAAGAUUGUUGAUGAUCCUCUAACCCAUGGAAAUGUCACUUUUAAGCUGGCAUCAGGAGUGGACAGCUCUGAAAUUCCAGACGAUGUUAAACUCAUGGGAUUUGCUCAGCUGAGUAUAAGUUAAAACCUAGUAUUACCAGCAACUGUAAAACACAGACUGCUCUGUACAAGAGUGCAUUGUAAAUGCUUUCAUUGGCCUAAAGAAACCACUACUGCCAAAGAGACAGAAGGAACUUGACACCACAUAGGAUUAACAAAUGGGGACUGCAGACGAGAUCUUCAUAAAGCACACCUCAGAUGUUUACAGUAUUCAUGUAUGUUAUUUUCUGUUGCUUUAAACAUUUGCACAAUCUGAACCAACUCUUUAUACUGGUAGAUAUAAAAAAAUGCCUUAUUUUUGGUUGUACUACUGUACUUACAACUGUAGGUAGAUGGUAUCUGUGGAUCUCAUCUGUGAAAUGAAUGAGUGACUAUGUGUCCUAUGUACGUCAAUGGAGAAUGCUCUGGGGAGGAUUGUCAUCAGUAGCAUUUAAGAGACUCGCACACAGUGCAUGUUGACACUUAUAAAGUCAGCUGUUCAAUACCACUCUGCAGUGUGGUCAGUCAUUUUGGAUCUUAGUUUUACGCAUUAUCCAGUUACUAUGGCAAGUCAUCAGUCCUACUACUCCCUCAGAAAAGACUUGAAGCUUCACCACCAGUAAUUCUGUUGAGACACCUGUGCACUGCACCAUACUGUCAGCUGCUCUCACUAUAAGGAUGCAUUCCUGUCCUUCUGCAUGGGCUAAUGCCAAACUGCAUGAAAGAUUUUGACUUAUAAAAGAUAUGCUGACCAUUUUUCACUGACUUGUAUUUGAUAUAUGGGCCUUACAUCAAAACAAAAGUUACAGUUGAUGUACAUGAAAUAUGGCAAUGAGCUUGUCUCCUUAAGAAGAUUAACAACAAGAAUUAAAGUAUUCAGUGUUUAUCAAAUUAAUUUCUCCCUCUAGAUGUAUAUGCCAAACAUCCAAAAAAGUUUCUCUUCAAAAUUCUCUUGCAAUUGUUUCAUUUUAUAUUGGGAAAUUAUAUAAGCAAUUUUGUGGAUCAAGCGUUAUAUUAGAAGUUUUAUUUUCAUGCAUAUCAAUUAGGAAAUAGUGGCAACUGUGUGGGAUAGUGUUACAUAAAUAGAUUGCCAUUUUGGACAGAAUAGCCAGUGCUUGCAAGGCAGCAAAUAAAAGUUUUGUGAAAUUAUAAAAAGAAAGAAGAAAACCAGUUUCAUGCAAACAAGCUGUUAAGACAAUCAUUGGCAGUCAGAUUUUUAAUUCUGAACAUUCUAUCUGUCUACGGUGGAUUUCAAAAAUGUUAUAUUAUUGCUGAAGUGUUCAGUUUCUGUGCCACUGGUGUCAACAAGCGAAAUUGCAAAAAUAAUUGCUGUUUUCAAUCAAAUUCCAGAAAACUCCCCCUGUGUUCCAUUGCAUGUACAAACAGAUAGUCCUGCCCCAAACUCACACUAUUGGUCUAGUCCAAUAUUUCCUGGACAGGCCGCUGAAACAGAGGAAAGAUUUUAUAGUGGCACAGUGAUACACUUUUAGGUGAAAUAACCUGCAAAGGACUUGUAGUUCUCUGUAUAUUAAGCUGCGGUACGAGAGAAUUUCAACAUUGAAAAAAAAUUACAUCAGCUUUUAAAUAAAAAAAAAAAAAGUAUUAAAUUAAGUCUAUAACAAAAAUAUAAAAAAUACCUUGCACAUCUGAAAUUAUAUACAAAAAGUUGGACUAGAGUCUAUACAUGAAGCUGAAUUAAUUGCAGGAAAGCGUAGAAUAAUAAUAAUAAUAAUAAUAAUAAAAGUAUGAUGGAUUUUUAUACAGUGCUCACCUUGCAAGCACUGUGAAAAUUUGUUAAGGUUUGUAUUGUUGACUAAGACCAUGACAAUAUAAGUUAUUAGCAAUAGGAUCAUUUGGAUUUAAAUUUGUGGCCCUGUUUGUGUCUCUGUAAAUAUUUAAGUCCAUUUCAUCUUCCUACUUAAUAUCAUCUUUCUCAGCUGGAGAAUGAUGUCUGAUUCAGUGUGUGUGUGUGUGUGAAUACAACAAUGAAUGUGGGUGGGGCAUCUUAUGAGUACUUGAUCAAGAAAAAAAAGAAUGUAAAUAAUGGAACUGGUGUUGUUUAUAAAUAAUAUAAACUGGAUACAUACCGUUCACAGUUGGCCUUUACAUGGAGUGGACGUGGUGGUUUGUCUUCUGUCUUUUUGUUGGCAUUUCUGUGGUCACAGUUAUAUUAGUUAUGGGUUUUAGGAAACUGAACACUUAGCCCAAAGGGUUUCAUGACUGAAAAUUAAUAACUGUAAUUGAAAUCCCUUAAAAAAAUAUCAUCAUUAGCAUGGCUUGAGAAUAUGUUUGAAUAAUAUAAUUUUUGUUUUGUUUUUGUUGCUACAUUUGAAUUCUACUGAAUCAACAGUGGAGGGUUUCUUUUACUUUUGUACAUUUCUUUUUCUGCCUUGCUUGUUUAUUUGAAAGCAUCAUUGUCGGGACUGGUUGGGGCGAUGCUUGGAAGGAAUGCCAGUGGUAUGUUUGUCCGUUAAGUGUGUGUUUGUGUUUAAGAUGUGUGAUUAUAUGGGUAGCAACACAAUACAAUGGUAUGCCACUUUACUGUAUUCAUAUCACUUUGGUAAUCAUCUUCAAAUAUUUCAGAUACCUUUAAUGGACUGUCAAAUCAAAGUCUAAACACGGUUAUUUAAAAAAAAAAUGCUGUUGACCUGGUUACGUUUUUUACGGACACAUCCUUAUCUCAUUCUCUUUCACUUUUCACCUCUGUUGAAGAGAGGUCACAGUAGGAUUUUAUUUUCUUUGUUAUUUGUCCGCAAAUGGUUGGCCCCCCUUUUCUGGAUUUCAUUGGAAGUAAUUCAAGUCAGCACGUUGAAGAAAUCUGACCUGUUUAGAAUACUCAUACAUUUCUCUUUGGUAAUGUUUCUACAUGUUCUGGAGAGUUCAUUCCACCGUUGUGCUCCUGCUUCUCUCAGUUUAAUAUUUUGUUCUAUCUGCAGUUUAUGGCGUUCUGGAGGGCACCAAUCAUAUGAAUGCAGCUUUUUCAGAGGGAUUGGCAACAUUUUAGGGGAAUAACUAAAUAGUUUCAAUUCAAAGCAUUUAUAAUUUCAGUGUGGUGUUAAAUUUUGUUUCAUGGUUUUAUUGCACUGAUCUCUAAUGAACUGUCAUGACACAACAGCAAUGGAGGUAUUACUGUCACGCUCAAUAUGGUGUGUUAAGGACAGUGGUAGAACACUGUAUAGUAUUUCACUUUUUGGGAUUUUCAGUGCAUGUGUACCCAUUAUUUUUUAAUAAUAAUCAAUAAAGA